CCCGGAACCAAUGAGACCGGCCGAAGUCAAAGCGCGCAGCCAAUACCGCGGCGGGGUGGGCGCGUCCUCGCCGGCGGCUGAUUGAUCUCAGCCUUGGCGACGGCGUUGUUCAGUCGGAGCGAGAACAUUCUAGAGAGCAACCGGCACGGCCGCUCCCGCUGAUCCCGCCCGCCUCAGGACGCUCGGACCCCCCCUCCCCUCUUCCUGGCGGUUGCGGCGCCGGCCUCCUCCGCCCUCGACCACCGGACACAGAAGAGAGCGGAUAUCUAUAUAUAUAUAGAUAUAUAUUUAAGUAAUAUACGUCUAAUUUGAAAGGACUGCAGGAGGAAGGGGAGCAGGAGGAGGAGAGGAAGACGAAGAAGAAGAAACAGCACACCGCCCCCUUCCAGCGUCCGGGUGCUCGGUGGCUACACCUCUCUCUUCCCCCCCUCAACCCCCCGACGUCGCUCAUCGUUUCUCCUCAACACCGAUUCGGCCUUCGUCACAGCCCCGGGCGAGCAGCGUUGGGUUUAUGUCUGUAUUGGACGAAAACGAGCUGUUGCGCAGCCAUUGGUACCUGUAUUGGGGAAAUAUAGCAUACAAGCAAGAACCUCACAGCCUCGGUGGCGAAAAAUUUUUCAUGUCAGAGACCGAGAACUCUUGCAGUCGUUUAUGUCAUCACGUCUUCUCCAGACAGAAGAUACCAAAAAGUUGCAAUCAAAGAUCUCUCCAUCUUAUUGAUAAAGCUACUAAUAAGCCAAAAUGUCUGUCAAUGUCAACCGCAGUGUUUCAGAUCAGUUCUAUCGCUACAAAAUGCCCCGUCUGAUUGCCAAGGUUGAGGGCAAAGGAAAUGGGAUAAAGACAGUUAUAGUCAACAUGGUUGACGUUGCAAAGGCGCUUAAUCGGCCUCCUACGUAUCCCACCAAAUUUUUUGGUUGUGAGCUGGGAGCGCAGACCCAGUUUGAUGUUAAGAAUGACCGUUACAUUGUCAAUGGAUCUCAUGAGGCGAAUAAGCUACAAGACAUGUUGGAUGGGUUCAUUAAAAAAUUUGUUCUCUGUCCUGAGUGUGAGAAUCCCGAAACUGAUCUGCAUGUCAAUCCUAAGAAACAAACCAUUGGUAACUCUUGCAAAGCCUGUGGCUAUCGAGGCAUGCUUGACACAAACCAUAAACUCUGCACAUUCAUCCUCAAAAACCCACCUGAGAGCAGUGAGACUGGUACAGGCAAGAAAGAGAAAGAAAAGAAGAAUAGAAAAGGCAAGGAUAAAGAGAAUGGUUCUGUGUCUAAUACUGAGACACCAUCCCCACAGUCAGCAGCACCAGAAGAGCUUAGUCCUCCACAUGUGGAUGAUGAUGAUGACGACUGGGGUGAAGACACAACCGAAGAAGCCCAGAGACGCAGAAUGGAUGAAAUCAGCGAUCAUGCAAAAGUUCUCACCCUGACUGAUGACCUAGAAAGGACUAUUGAAGAAAGAGUUAAUAUACUAUUUGACUUUGUUAAGAAAAAGAAGGAAGAAGGUGUCAUAGAAACAUCUGAUAAAGAUAUAGUGGCAGAAGCAGAAAGACUGGAUGUCAAAGCUAUGGGACCCCUGGUAUUGACUGAAGUCCUCUUUGAUGAAAAGAUCAGAGAGCAGAUAAAGAAGUACAGGCGACAUUUCUUGCGUUUCUGCCACAACAACAAGAAGGCUCAAAGAUACCUUCUUCAUGGCCUGGAGUGUGUGGUAGCCAUGCAUCAGUCUCAGCUGAUUUCUAAAAUUCCACACAUCCUGAAGGAAAUGUAUGAUGCAGAUCUUCUGGAAGAGGAGGUCAUUCUGAGCUGGGCGGAAAAGGCCUCGAAGAAAUAUGUCUCUAAAGAGCUUGCCAAAGAAAUUCGUGUCAAAGCAGAACCCUUCAUUAAAUGGCUGAAAGAAGCUGAAGAGGAGUCAUCUGGCAAUGAGGAGGAAGAGGAUGAAGAUGAAAAUAUUGAAGUGGUGUACUCCAAGACGGCCAGUGUACCUAAGGUUGAAACUGUGAAGCCUGCAAACAACAAGGAAGAGGACAUUGAUAUUGAUGCUAUUUAAAGUGAAUCAAUCUAGUUUCCAGUGUUACAGUGCAUAUCUCUCUGCAUCUCUUACCGGAAGUGCAACAUGUGUGCACAAGCUGUAAUAGCUAAACAUCGUGCUACACUUCUUGAACUCAAAAUGUAUCUUACCAUGACUGGUAUUGUAACUAAGUUUAACAGAUGAGAGGAGUUAAUACACCAGCAAACUGAUCAAAGUUUGCUGUACAGCAUGUUUCUUUUAAACUUUGUCUUGGACAUAAAUACUUGGAGCACAUUUAUACAGUUGUGAAAAAUAAAGGAUUUGGUUUUGGAAUCUUCA